AUGGCAAACUUCAUGAAUUUUCAAAAGUCUCCUUCGACGAGCAUAAGUUUGCAGAAUGCUGGUGAUUGUGAUGAAAAAAAUGCGGGCUUAUCAAAAGCAGCCAUAACAUUUAGAAUAGUAAAGGAAUUGCAUAUUCUGAGCAUUUCGAAUAUCGAAAAUCACUACCAAUCAAUUCAGCACGUGACCACUGCAACGUCGAUUGCUAUUACCAUUUCAACGACGUCAUAUUCUUGCAGUUCAUCGCCGACUCUUAGGUCUAGCGAUGGCGGGAGGGAAUUUCUGAAACCCCGCCAACGGAAGCAACAUGCUCAACACAGACAAUAUGUUGUUCCCGGAUUAAACACUGAUUUGAGCAGUGACGACGGAUACUCCUCAUGUCAUAAUGACAGACGUAAAAGUGAUAACUGUAGGCGAAGCGGCAACCGGAUAAUGUCCAAGGCAUGUACAAAUAAGUCCUCUCGGCCUAGAAGUAUUAGCACCAGCAGCACUGAAAGUGGCGUUUUCUCUGGUGAUGACCGCAACUAUCAGCCACUGCCCUCUGGCUGCGUUGCAAACCCAGUGAAUAGUAAUCGCAACGAUCUUGGCAUUCGACAGAAUUUUUCUAAAGAUCAUCGUUUUGCUAGAAAUUUCCAGGGAAUGCCGACUUCGGCGACACACUUUUCUAGCAGCAAAAUCUUUAAUGCGCCAGCGGCUUCAACCUUGCCACAACCGCCACAGCGUUGGCUGCUAGGUAGAGCGAAGGGUUUCGUUAACGAAGAAAACAGCGCGGAUGAGCAAGAAAGGGCAAAGAAGGCAGACACCUUCGAUUUUUAUAAUUUAAACAUGUUGCUUUCAGUGGAAGCAUAA